ACGUUUUGUCACAUGAUAUCCGGAAUCUGUGUUGUCACGUUUGAGUAUAAACACUUCCACAGUUUUGAUAAACUGAACAAGCAUACCUAUUAAUUAAGAUGUCCAUGGAACAAGAGCCUCCAUUCCGUGCGAUGGUUAGAGCUAGUGGACUAGGCGAAGUCUGGACGCACACUCAUGAUAUUGAAAAGUUCGAUCAAUUCGGUUGGCGAUGCACGAAUAAGGAAAACUCGUUUGCAAAUAACACACUUGUCGGAAACUGGAACGAGCAAAGAUUCGACGUAGAAAAAGUGAAAGAGGCAAAGGCACUUCCAUCUCAGUAUGAUCACUACUUUGAGUCAACAUAUGGUACAAACUACAACAGACAGCCUUACAAAGUUCCAGAUGAGCUAAAACAUUUGAAAGCUCGUCACAGCCAUGCAUUUCCUGGGCACCAACCAGAAAUUGAUAGUAAUGCCUCUAAAGCUGUCUACAAUAGCUGGGAGACUACAACACGGUCAUCCUAUGUUGACCCAAGAAUUCGUGUUCAACCUCUUCAACCACCCACACAGGAGAGUUCUAAUGCUGCUCAGUAACCAUAGAAACUAUAGAAACCUUGCAUUCAUGACAUAUCUACAAAGAGAAGUGGAAAGGCUGUACCAGCCGUUUUUAUUAUGUUUACCUGGACUUUUAUUUGAAAAAAAAAAAAACAUGCAAAAAAGCUUCAAAAGAAAAGUUAGAACACUUAAAUGAUUUGGUUGUGAAAAAUUUUAUCUGUUUAUAAAUUUAUAUGUUAAUGAAAGGAAGACAGUUAUCCUGUACCUUUUAAGAAAGCAGGAUGCAUAUUUUUUCUACUCUACUAAAGGUACCGGUAAAUAAAGAAUUUUUUUUUAAUUAUCAAAAAGAUAGUGACAGUAAAUAACGGAAAGAAAAAAAACGGUGAAAUAUAAAGCAAAUAAUUAAGGUAUCAAAAUAAUUUUGGAAAGUAAUUUUUGAACAAAGAAAGUCGUUGCUGGUGUGUUUCUUUUAAGGAACAGAGAAUAUUUAUAAAUCUGUGAUAUUGUUUUAUGUGUUUUUAUAUGAUUUUUACUUGCUGUUGGUGAGUGUACAUACAUCAUUCAUUGUUCUAUAUCUGAUGUUGAAUGAAUGAUGGUUAUAUAUUGGGUUUAACUGUGUUAUAAACACAAUAAUAUUGUUAUACCUAUUAUAGUAUAAUAGAAGGAGCAAGCUGGGCUUGUAAUGAUUAAUACGUGUAAGAAAAAUGACCUGGUAUUUUUACAGUAUUAUUUUCUAGAGAUUAUAUAUAGUAUUGAGCUCAAGUAUUUUGGAGAAGACUCGGCAAUUGCUUACUAACUAUUCAUUCUGCAGUAUUAUGUACGGUAGUGUUUUGUAUGUCAGUAGAAUCACGAUAUAAUUUAUGAGACUAGUACAUUGCAUCAUUAUACUGUUUCUGUACAUUAAAUCAUUUUGUUAUAAA